AUGUCCCUCUCCACUAUGCCCCCAGACCGGGUGGGCCUUCCUUUUCUCUUUCCUGUCUCCUCCCAACAACAAGAGAAAAGAACUCCGCGUAUUCCACCACCUCUGCUGGAAGAAGUAAACAGUCUGGUUGAAGAGAUGCUUCAAGACGAGGUUAUAAAGCCGUCCAAGUCACUAUGGGCCUCACCGAUCAAGCUGGCAAAGAAGGAUAACGGUAGUCUGCGGUUAUACAUCGACUCACCAGAUCCUCCACAUGGGUCGCAGUGGUUCUUUACCCUAGACUUGAAAUUGGGAUAUUGGCAGGUGGAGGCUCACAGCGGCCACCUUCCAACACCUGAUGCAAACAGCUCUGAUUGGCCUAUUCCCAAAGCACUGUAUAUUCAAGAGCAUAAUGCCGAACUUCGAAUCCAGCGCUCCACUGUUCGUACUGGAUAUGGUUGCGAGCGCCGCGACCGUGGGCGGUGUGCUCUCACAAAGGGACAAAAAAGGAAGGGAACAUGCCAUCGCCUACGCAAGUACAAGGCUCAGUAA